AUGUCCGUCGCCGAAGCGCCCGCAAAUGACGACAGCGACAGCUCCCUUGCCCCCGGAUUCAAAUUCCAACCCACAGACGAGGAGCUCCUCUCUUUCUACUUUCCCCGAAGAAUCGCCAACCAGCCCAUCCCGCUGAACGCGAUCGGCGACAUUGAAAUGUACGGAUUCGAGCCCUGGGAGCUUCCGGGAAAGGCCAUGAUGUCGCUUUCUGCUAGUGACGAGUGGUUCUUCUUCGCGUCACGCGACAGAAAGUACCUCAUGGGCACUCGCGCCAACCGGAUGACUUCAGCCGGCUACUGGAAGGCCACGGGGAAAGACCGCCCCGUGUUCGCCGCACGGAAGGAGGAGAACAAGUCUCAAGGCAGCCGGGAUGAGCAUGAGUCGGGUAAUGAUGUCAAAAGCGGGCGCAUAGUCGGGUAUAAGAAGGGCCACGUGUUUUACAAAGGCAGGGCGCCUCACGGGGAGAAGACUGUUUGGGUGAUGCACGAGUUCCGCCUCGCAGAGCCUAGUGACGACCCUUUGAUCGGUCUGAAUGGCGACGGGGCGAAGCGAAUCAAGCUGAGCAGCCUGGCUCCAUCAUUGCACCACGCCAAGUCGGUGUCGCUGCCAUCGUCCCCACAGGAGCUCGCAUCAGCAGCCUCUUUCGACGAUGGCGUAGAUGAGGAAUCCGCGGAGGAUGACGUGACUGCUGUCGUGAGUGAUGCGGAAGUAGUGUAUGACGAGGAAUCUCUGAACGCGGAUCUGCCAAUUGUGGGGCGGGUGACCAACACGAGCACUGACAUCGUCGGCGCCGAGCAUGGUACAUUCUCUGGAGACGGGGGGGAAAACAGUGGAGUGAAAUGUGCAGGGAAUGAGGAUAAAGUCGGGCUGACUGUUGACAGCGGUGGUCCAGGGAGCAUUCCUGUCCGCGCCCUCCAUUCCCUUGCCAUCCAUGCCCUCCUUCACUCAGUCCCUGUCAUCCACCACUUCUCCUGGAUUAAUGAGCCAGCCAAUACUUGA